AUGGGCACCCAUGUGGGCCUUGAGAUGGUCACCCAAAAACAUCUGCAUGACUGGCAUAUCAUCUAUCGCGUCUAUCGUGCACAACAACCUGGCGACCCGUUUGAGGAGGUCACCCUUUCAGGCAGGGAAACAUCACCGCUGUACAAGAAAGGAGAGCAAUCCCUCAUUUUCUGUGAAACUCCAAACAAUGAAUGUGUCCUGCGCACACUUCCUGGUCCUGAAAAGCCCCAAGAGGCUAUGAACGCCUAUGCCGAUGUUCGAUGUCCCGAUGCUUACAUGGACAAAAUUCGGCAGUCGAUAUCCUUAUGGCGCUCCAAGGAGAAGAAAACCACCGAUGAGGAACACGGCGCAUCGCAGAUGCCGAUGGAUUCGAUUUCGGACAGGUUAUGCUUCGAGACAAAGUCUUUCACUAUUUGUAUGCUACCUUUUCUUGGCGACGAGAAGGCGGAUGAGACAGAAGGUCCAGAACGCCAGGGACGCACGAAUUGCAAAAGCUGGAUCGCACUCGUUAUAGCACCUGGAGAGAUUAUCUUGGAAAACGGCAAUUUUGAAGAUAAUGUAAAUCAUUUGCUUCUAGACGGCAACUUAGCGCGUCGAAGCCACGCCAAUCGGAAACGACGCCAUCGACCUCGUUGGGAGAACAAGAACUUGAAAUCACUGAGGGAUGCGGAUCGCUUUCAGACGUGCUUGACUGAGGUUGGGAUGAGAAGGAUCACCGAAGCAUGGGUCGACAAUUUAGACAGAGCUACCAAAGCAUGCCAUGCGUUCAAUAAAACGGUCCUCGUCAGAAUUCAUCGCUCACCCAAUAGCCGGUUGGAGUAUUGGAGGAAACAUGUCAACGAAGACCUGCUGAGUAUCUACAAGCUUCAAAAGCGGCUUGAGUCGCUUGAUGCCACCUUGUUCAAUAAUAUCACGAACGAAGAGCAAGGAAUCUGGAUCAACUUCAGAAAGGCGAGGGCCGGUCGGAGAUUGGAGUAUUUGGAGCAAAAGGGCGGGAAGAGGCCGCAGGCAGAGCAGGAGCAGGAGCAGGGAUUUUCUCCCAAUGAAGAAGACAAACUUGAGCGUAAAAGGUUGCAUUUCUCAUUGACCGCGUGCCUGGACUGA